GUCGCCCUUUUCUCUUCCUCAUUUUCUCGUCCCUCUCAGAUCCCUCUCUAUCUCUCUCCUGAGAGGGCCCAAACCAGAAACCAUGGCGCCACCCCAGCAGCAGCAGCAGCAGCAGCAGCAACAGCAGCAACAGAGGCAACAACAGCAAGGAGGUUUAGGCCAAACGAUCCAAGGAAUUAUAAGAAUGGCGAUUUUCUGGUACUUCGCGAUGAAAUUCUUCGGUCCCAAGAAACCUCCCCCUUCUUCUGAGCCGCCUCACCUCAUUUCCAAUCUUUUCUCAAAGGGAGAAUUCGUGGACAUGUGGGUUUAUCUUUCUGAGCAUGAAAAGUUUAAUGAUUUUGGUAAUGAGGAUGCCCUAGUCUGGCAUGAAACAAAUAUGCCGUAUGCUGUCUGGGGACCACAAAGAACCAGAACAUUGUCAUUGAUGUAUUAUCUUCCAGAGUCAGUGAAGCAUAACGGGAGUUUAUAUGCCCAUGUUUUCUUUGCCCGUUCUGGUUACCCUCCUGACCCGAGUGAUCCUGAGUAUCAACCUCUCUCAGCAUUUGGUAGAACCCAUCCUGUUGUGACUUAUUUGCCCAAGUCGAAGGCUGAUAAACGGAGGAGCUUGCUUGGAGAUGGCAAGGUUUCUGAAGAGGAUGAGCCAUCUGCCCGGGCAACUGAUGAAAGUUCAACUGAAGCCAAAGAUGAAGGACCUACAGAAUGGGUUUCACGUUGGAAAGCAAAUAUUACAAUCAACCUGCUGGAUGACUUCACAAGGUACCCCCAUAAUGCAAUUCCUCCGACUGUCGCGGGUUUCUUGAAUGUCGAGCCUAGCACAGGGAACUAUUACCCUACUGUAGUUUUCAAUGAGUUUUGGCUACUUAAGGAUAAGUUAAUCGCUCUUAAUGAGUCUGUAGAAAAAGUGCCCCUCAAUCUGGAGGUAGGUCCCAUCAGUAUGACCAAGUGGCAGCUUUUCCUUCAAAUAGAUCAAUCAUUUCAGAUUCACCGAAGUUAUGGAAGCAUGCUUGAAGGCGAGGCUGAUGAACUUAAGAGGGUGUUCCUGGAAGGCAAUCCUUAUCUCCUGCUGAUCACCAUGGUUGUAUCUCUGCUGCAUUCAGUGUUCGACUUCUUGGCUUUUAAGAAUGAUAUUCAAUUUUGGAACAAAAAUAAGUCUAUGGAGGGUUUGUCAGCAAAGUCGGUUGUUGUGAGCUUCAUCUGUCAGCUGAUUGUGUUCCUCUACCUUCUCGACAAUGACACAUCUUGGAUGAUCCUCGCCAGUUCUGGCAUUGGAUGUUGUAUAGAGUUUUGGAAAAUUGGGAAAGCCAUGCAUAUUGUGAUUGAUCGGAGUGGUUCCAUCCCCAUGCUGAGGUUUAAGGAUAGGGAAUCUUAUGCAAGUAAUAAGACAAAGGAAUAUGAUGAUCUUGCGAUGAAGUAUCUCUCCUAUGUACUCUUCUUCCUUGUAGCCUGCUCCUCUAUAUAUUCUCUCAUGUACGAGCGCCACAGGAGUUGGUACUCAUGGAUCCUCUCUUCCCUCACAAGCUGCGUUUACAUGUUUGGAUUCAUUAUGAUGUGUCCACAGCUCUUUAUAAACUACAAGUUGAAGUCGGUUGCUCAUCUCCCAUGGAGGCAGAUGACUUACAAAUUCCUCAACACCAUAAUCGAUGACCUCUUUGCCUUUGUCAUCAAGAUGCCAAUGCUCCACCGCCUCUCCGUCUUCCGUGAUGAUGUUAUUUUCCUCAUUUAUGUAUACCAAAGGUGGAUAUACCCAGUAGACCGAACACGGGUGAAUGAAUACGGGUUUGGAGGCGAGGAAGAGAAAACCCCAGCGCCUGUUGCUGUAGAAGGUGCAUCGGAUGGGGAUGGAACAGAUGAUAAGAAGACCAAUUAAUAACUUUUUUCAUCUGGUUUAAUCUAACCUUCAAAUUGUGUUUUUCUUACUUUCAGUUGUAUUAAUUGAAUUUUGUUUUUUUCCUCUUCCACUAGUUACUUACGAGUUAGUAACUGUAGAUCAUAAGCAAAAUGGUAUUUGGUUUCUUCCUAGUUUUGCUCCCCAUUGAGAAGGCUCCCUUCUAUAUUUAUCUUUUGUUUCUUGCUCCCCAUAAGCAAGUAAAGCUUUCUGUCUUUUCAAUUUC